AUGACUGUGUACCUACGGAUAAAACGCCUACGAGAUGAUUUACUUGUGGUAAACAGCUUCGAAGCUCAAAACCUGUUGAAAAGGCCUCGCACGGAAACUGAAAAUGCGGUAGAUUUACUAGUUUUCCGCUACAUCGGGAGUCAGUUACAUGGCACUGAUCCCUCCAAUGUUUUGUUAAAUGACUUGUGCAAGGUUGAUACCGACGGCGUUGGUCGCUUGACGCUGAAUUCUACAUUGGGCCCCACUGUUAGCCGUGGUGGUCUUGACAAGGUGACUUGUGAGGUUCAGGUCAAGACAUUGAAACGUGUAGCAUCGAAUGCUCAUUCGUUACUCGAGGAUGAAAAGCCACUCCCAUGCAAAAUGUUCCGAGUUAUCGAUAUCGUUCCACAUGGAGCUGAUGAUCCGUUUUCUUUCCGUCCGGAUUCCAUUCACUUGAAUGCAUCAGAGAACAAACGUCCAUCGGCUUCUACCGAAUUGGAUUUCGUAUACGAUUUUUACCGUUUGGAGAAGCAUAAGCCAUCUCAUUCUUCGAGUCAUUCCGAUUCGGAGGGGCCUGGUUUAUGGUUUCCUGAGAAUGAAAUAGUCUUUGAUUAUGCAGAUGAAGAGGGCAAUAUUGAUUGGAACGUGGAGGACGAGGACGAUUCUAACAGCGAGUCGAACUGGCGAAAUGACUACCCAGAUGAGGAAGAGAGUCAUUCAGAGUCAGACUCGGAUCCAUCUAACCGACUUUCGUCUGGAGACUCCACUGACGAAGAUUCCUUUUAUCAUUAUCGUCCAUCACCCUAUUGCGCCAUGUAAAUGGCCUAAGCCAGUUUUACGAAUCUUCUCAUUUUGUCUUGUCGGAUCCAGUUUGAUUCAGAUUUUCUCACCUGCUUCCUUCACUUUCAUGUUUUCUUUUCGUCUUUUCGAUCGCUUAGUUUUGUGAAGCAACAUUUCUGGUAUUCUCACUGAUGAUCUGUGCGUUGUUUAUGCCGUGCUGGUUUCUCGACUUUGAAGUUUGCCCAUUCUGCAAUUAUGCAUAUGUUUAUAUUCCUAGAUCUUACUGGAACGCAGUGUCUUAAUUAACGUGUUAUGCGGCUUAUGAACGAACUACCUUCGAUUUUCUCUACCUUUCGAUUUCUCCCUCCACUUUUCUUACUACCAUACAGCUGCCAAGUGUGCAUCCAGUUUUCUGUCGUGUUUACGAACUACCCCCUUUUCUUCUCGGGAUGAAAUAAUCCUACUUGUUUUGUCUUCUGUAUCAAAGGAGAGUGUUCAAAGUCUUCAUCUAUGUUUUACACUUUUGUGGCCUCGCACCCAUCAUUAGCGUAUAGAGGUUUUGUUCCACUUGAGCCAUGAUAUUAAGUCCUAGUUAUCCCCGCGGAUUGCAGUAGCCUUGUGCGAUAAUUAUCCUCGUACUCAGCGUGCGUUUGUCGUAUUCGAUUGAUAAUCGUUUUUGAUUUCAUCCGCCCUGGUAUUCACUUAGAGCCGCUGUAGCACGACUGUUUCACGCCCCCACCUGUUACGCACUCUGCCAGAUCUUCCCUAUUCUGUGCAUUCCCAGUUACUUGUAAUCAGUCGACCAGCCAUUGCGCAUCCGGAAAAGCGUUGAGCGACUCUCAUCCGUUCGGGAUUCAUUUGAAGUGCACGUUCGAUAUGUCACUUAUGGAGUUAUAACCAUCAGUCUACUCUUGCCAGUCGGCUUUCAAGACCACGGGGAGUGAAUGUCAAUCACUGUGGCUCGUGCAGCCAGGCAGUGAAUAGAGACGGUAAUGCUCCCUAUUUCUUCACCGGGGUUGUUUUCUGAGUGACGAGUGUCCACGGAGAAUACUAAAUCCUGUUUUCCAGAAACUGAACCAUCAGAAGAGCCAAAGCAACCCUCGAGUGACUCGCCAACCGACUCAAGUCCCCUCUCUGACCCAAGCGACGGCCAACCGCCUUUGGCCGCGGACGACUACGACAGGAUUGGUCCCCAAACGCCUGGCUACGCAAUGCUAACGAGGACGCCCGGACUUCUUCGCGAGACGAGGAUUGUGGACUGAAGUGCGAUGUGAGAGUGACACCUCCCAGGUGCACCGUCGAGUCUACAGUGGAGAAAAUGUCCUAUUCUGCAUUUUCUAGACACCACUUACUUGCAGCCCGACGAACCCGCCCCGACGGCCCAUCGACGAUGCACUCUAGUGCACGCGAAAAUCAUAUAUAAUAAAUAACAGAAGCCCGGACCCAAUGAACUCUGUUGCACAUCCCUGUUUGGUGUCCCGUGCUUAAGCCCAUCUGUUACUCUUCGCACCCAUACUCACUUACCCUCUUUAUCCAAGGUCUCCAUUCGUAUCCCUACUAGAAAGAGGCUCUUGUGGUGCACCUGAAACCUUGGAUUUUACUGUUGUUUGAAUCUUCUCAACGUUCAUUUGUUUUCCUGCCUGUACUUCUGUUUACGUCAUCUGAUAUGAUGAGUCCCGUGCUACACAGUUGCUUGCCCUUGCUGCUUCGCUUCCAAUUCAUUGUAUCCUGUAUGAUUUAUGUUGGGUCCGGCUGUCUUCAACUUUUCUACCUUCCCGUAUUUGGCACGUCUUUAACGUGUAAUUGCUACCGACUAGUAUCCCAGGUGCCGCCCAACACAACUUAAGAUGACAUCCCGACCUGUAACUGUAUUAAAACUGCCUCAUAUCUCUACUAUCGCACUUGUCAACUUUGUUCGCAAGAAAUGCCAUUCCAUUUGCAUCCUGAUUAUCUGGCCUAACG